UCGCAUUCACAGGUCGUGUGUUGGAAAACACAGCUAGUACAAUGUCAUUUUGUGUAAAAUGAAUUAAAGUAACUACAUUUUUUGAAGUAUGUCGCAAAGUUAGAGCGGGACAGGCUGGUUUUGUAAUACUAAAAUGUUACCGAGGUUUACGUAACGCUGCGUUUAAAGGUAGAGAGACUUUUUGCCCGGAGAGAUCAUGUUUACUGCUGGUUUGAGGCGCCUGCCCUGUCUGGCGCGGGUAGGACACCGGAGUCUGAACCUCUUCUCAGGUUCAGGACCCUCUACUUGGAACAAAGUAGUGUCCGAUGCGGAGAAGAUCGUCGGUUAUCCCACAUCUUUCAUGAGCCUGCGGUGCCUGCUCAGUGAUGAACUCAGUAAUGUAGCGAUGCACGUGAGGAAACUGGUGGGCACCCAGCAUCCCCUGCUCCACACGGCCAGCGCCUCCUCUUCCCACAUCCUUAAAUUGCAUAAACACACUGCUUUGAGGGAAAUUCAUCCUGGCUACAUUCAUUCAUUACUCUGAACAGUACCCAG